AUAUAAUUUCAAUUUAUGAAAUAUGAAAUUUGAAAUUUUAAUUUAUGUUUUUUUUUAAAAUUAGUUGACGAAGACAUUUAAAAAAAAAUAUAUUGAAAAGACAAGUGAAAAAAUUCUUUUCAAGUCACGUCUUGCUUGUUCUUGUCGGUUCUGUUCUGCCUUCUCCCGUUCACGAGUCCAAGUAUGUGCCUGCAAUAUCUUGCUCAGUGCAAGGGGGGGCGAAGAUUGAUCUUGCCAUUCGGCACGUCUCUCAUGCAGGCUGGCGCUGGCGAUCGCCCGUCCGUUUUCCUCGUUUUUUUGGUCUGCCGUUGGCCGUUGGUUGUUUUUCGAGUUGGAUUCUGUUGUAGGCCGAUCCCUCCCUCUGUUAAUUAUAAACAGAGCAUCGAUUUCACAAAUUAAUCCUAAAAGCAUUUCAGCUCCCGACUUCUCCUAGUUGGCUUCGGGCAACAGUUUCUCCAUAAAACAAUACAUUUAACUUUAUUUUAUUGUUUUUGGGUUUCUCGAGAUGGUUCUCCAUACCCAACAGUUGCAUAUUAAUCGACAGCUUUUCCUUCCUCAAAAUAUUUUCCCUAGAAAAAAUGUUCAGCUUCCAGGUUUGCCGCCGAAAUGCUCAUAUUCGACCUCAGCGCCAGGCUCUCUAGGGUUACCAGUCCGCUUCAACUCCUGUUUUACAUUUGGAAGCAGAUUUGUAGCCAGCAGAUGUGUAUCGGAGGAAUUUUCGGAUUCGUUCGAGCCGAGUCAUUCUCAGGAUGAUGUAUCUGGGCCGCCUCAGAUGCUUAAGCUUGGGGAAGCUUCUCUUCUGGAGAUUUUACGGGAGUCAAACUCUAUUAUUCCGCAUGUGGUCUUUGCUAGCACACUGUUGGCUCUCAUCUUUCCACCUUCUUUUACGUGGUUUACCAACAGGUACUAUGCGCCAGCAUUAGGUUUUUUGAUGUUUGCAGUUGGAGUUAAUUCAAGUGAAAAGGAUUUUCUUGAAGCAUUUAACAAACCGUUGGCUAUUUUUGUGGGGUAUGUUGCCCAGUAUGUUUUGAAGCCUCUCUUUGGAUAUUUAUUCGGCAUCAUCGCAGUGACAUAUUUCGGCCUCCCCACUUCCAUAGGUGCUGGAAUCAUGUUGGUAUCAUGUGUUAGUGGGGCCCAGCUCUCAAAUUAUGCAACUUUUCUAACAGAUCCACCAAUGGCCCCUCUAAGCAUAGUUAUGACGUCAUUAUCUACUGCUACUGCUGUUUUUGCCACGCCACUCUUAUCACUGCUGCUUAUUGGGAAGAGGUUACCUGUUGAUGUUAAAGGAAUGGUGUCCAGUAUUCUGCAGAUUGUAGUUGCACCAAUUGCUGCAGGCUUGCUCCUGAAUAGGUUCCUUCCCCAGAUUGGCGAAGCUAUUCGGCCAUUUUUGCCUCCACUAUCAGUAUUUGUAACAGCUCUUUGUGUUGGAUCCCCACUUGCUAUUAAUAUUGAGUCUGUUGUGUCUCCUAUUGGGAUGAACAUUGUGUUGCUUGUUUUUGCAUUCCAUAUCUCACUGUUUACUGCUGGAUAUGUCCUCUCUGGCCUUGCCUUCUGUAAAUCACCUGAUGUGAAAGCACUGCAAAGAACAAUGUCCUUUGAGACAGGAAUGCAAAGCAGUUUACUGGCCCUUGCACUUGCAAACAAGUUUUUUCAUGAUCCACUUGUUGGUGUGCCUCCAGCAAUCUCUGUUGUAAGCAUGUCUUUGAUGGCCUUUUCUCUUGUAAUGCUGUGGAAUAGGAAAAAGGCAUCGACAGAGUGAUAACAUUAAAUCACUUCAAAUGCUACCUACAGCCUUAAUUUUUUUCUUGAAUUUGUUCCCCACCUUCCUUCUCCUCUCGCCCUUGUUGUACACACACACAGGUACAGAGAUAUAACUGAAAACUUUCACAAGGCACUUAGAUGUGGAGCCAUUUUAAGGCAGUUUGGAUUGCUGGUAGGCAUCUGUAUGCCUUUGAGCUUUCUUCCAGAUUGAAUUGUACUUCCGAAUUAUUGUAAAUAAUUGAGGUUGCAACUUCACAAGGAUGAUAUGAAUUUUAAGGCGGUGACAAAA